UUUUCGGAGUGUGUGGGAGAGCAUCAUGUGGAGGAAGGCUUUGGUAGCGGCCCUGCUGGCACUAGCCGUUGGCUAUUUCUACGGCAGUCCAGAGCUGCCGGAGCAGAUCCUGCAGUACAUCAGCCUGCCCAACUUCCAGACUUCAUCUCAAAACCUGAACAGUCAGAACAGCUUGGAGCGGGUGAUCUCCAGCGCCUGGGAGGCUCUGAUAACUCUACCAACCCGGCAGUGGAGCAGAGUGGCAGUGGGGGUAAAUGCCUGCGUGGACGUGGUGGUCUCAGGAGUUUCACUCCUGCAGGCUCUGGCUGUGGAUCCUGGCAUCGGCCAGGAUCACGAAGUGCUGCACUCCAAAGAGGACUUGAAGGAAGCUUUCAUCCAUUACAUGGGGCGUGGAGCGGCCGCUGAGCGCUUCUUCAGUGACAGGGAGGCUUUUCAGAGGAUUGCGCGUGCAGCAGCAGAGUACCCCAAUGCAAAGUUCUACGUGGGAGGAAAUGCUGCCCUGAUUGCUCAGAAGCUUGCAACAUACCCUGAUCUGAUGGUUUUGCUUUGUGGUCCAGUUGGUCCUAAACUUCACGAGAUGUUGGAUGAGCAGAUAAUUGUUCCCCCAGAUUCCCUUCAGGAGACGGAUGAGUUUCACCUCAUCCUGGAGUAUAAAGCAGGUGAGAAAUGGGGUUCAACUCAGGCACCUCCCAACCGCUUCAUCUUUUCUCACGACAUGUCCAACGGGAAGAUGAGCUCACUGGAGACUUUUGUGGUGAGCCUGGAAGAGUUCCAGCCCGAGCUUGUCGUCUUGUCUGGGCUCCACAUGAUGGACGGUCAGGGCCGAGAGCUGUGGGAGGAGCGGCUGAAAGAGGCUGUCUCGGCCAUAUCUGACAUCCGUAAAGACAUUCCCAUCCACCUGGAGUUGGCGAGCAUGACCGACAAAGACUACAUGAACAGCAUAAUGCAGGAGCAGGUUAUGCCCAUUGUCAGCUCCAUUGGGUUGAACGAGCAGGAGCUGCUCUUCCUCUCUCAGGCCGGAGAGGGACCUCAUUCAGAAAUGGAGGCCUGGAAAGGCAUCCCGGAUGUGGGUCGGGUCAGCGACAUCCUCCUGUGGAUCCUGGAGCAGCACGGCCGCAGUGAGCCAUCGUCAGAAGCCGAUCUCACUCGGAUCCACUUCCACACGCUGGCCUACCACAUUCUGGUUACAGUAGACGGAUACUGGGGGAACCAGGUGGCGGCGGUGAUGGCCGGAGCGCGGGUGGCCUGCAAUCAGGCCUGUGGCCUCCAGUCUGUCGAUGUCAGCAAGGUGGAGCUCAGAGCCCCUCUGGAGUUUUAUAGCUCCCACAUGGAGCCCCGGGAGCAGCUGUCCCUGAACCCAGCAGAGCCUGUUACAGUGUGGCGCCGCGGAAACGUCACCUUUUACUUCACACCGGUGCUGGUCUGCAAGCGCCCGCUUCGGACAGUUGGGCUCGGGGAUGCCAUCUCAGCAGAGGGACUGCUUUACUCAGAGUUACUUCCCCAGCAGCCUUUCUGAGGUUUGCUUCCAGCGGACUGUCAGCAUGGCAGACGGUGAGAGGAGCUUAAAAGAACCGGAGAGGUCUCAACUCCUACCGUGGUCGACGGGAUGGAGUUGCCAGAUCUCCAGUUUUAAAUCCAGCCCUUGGACUCAUCCAGCCUGCCCUGAUCCCCUCUGUUGUCCCUCCUUCAUUUUGUUCGGGCUGACACAGAAACUAAGGUCGAACUUUGCCGCGAGGUGGCCUGAGGCUUGAGGCUAUGCACUGGAUGCAGUUCGAAAGCCAUCUUCGCAAACUCCAAAGAGUUUUGUCGGCUCAGCAAAAUUUCCUUCUGACCUGCAUAUCUUCAGUAUGCUGUGCCUUGAGAAAAUACACGAGAAGUUAUUGUUAAAUAUUUUAUCCAUAUUAUA